GCCGCCCUCUCUCUGCCCACGGCGGCGGACGCGGGGACCGCGGCUUCGCUCGGAAGUGCGGCUCCGUGGCACCUCCCCGCGUGGGAACGCUUCCGCUCCCACCGGCGGCGGACCCGGCAGCACCGCCGAGAUGUUCGCCCUCUGCCCCCCCGACGCCCCAUUCCCGGGGGGCCCCGCGUUGGGCACGGCCUUUUCGGGGUCCGUGCAACGCAGCCCCGACUCCAACUGCAACUUCGCCGGGGACGAUGAGUGCGACAGCAACCAGAACUGGAGCCGGGCUGGCGGGGGGGGCGAAAACACUGCAAAUCCCUCCGAUAAUCUGCUGCUGUUAGCACAGAGACAGAUGGCUCAGGGCGGGAUGGGGGACGUCGCUUCGAGCGCAGCGUGUGCCCCCCAGCAGGGCGAGCGCAGCCCCCCCGAGGGAGCGGAGGUCGGGGAGGGGGAGGUGGGUGGAUCCCCGGCGGAGGAUAUCGGCUACGCCAGCAGCUCGCUCAGCAUCGACAGCCCCGACAGCGCCUGCGGCGGCGCCUGGGACCCCCCCGGGGACCCCGCCGAGGUGUCCGAGCCCCCCCCGGAGCCCCUAUUCCCGGCGCUGGCGGAGGCGGUGCAGCAGCUGCAGGAGAAGGAGCGCUUCAAGGAGCGGGAGAAGGAGAAGCACCACGUGCAGCUGGUGAUGUACCGCCGCCUGGCCCUGCUGCGCUGGAUCCACGGCCUGCAGCAGAAGGUGCUGGAGCAGCAGGACCGCCUGCAGGAGAGCUUCGACACCAUCCUGGACAACCGCAAGGAGCUGAUCCGCUGCAUGCAGCACGGAGCCCCGUGUCCCACUGCCGCCCCCAACCCCUGAGCUGUGCUCCUUCCCGUGGAGUCCCGUUCUGCUUCCCCGCUGCUCUCCUCCCCCGUCGGGGCUGAGCCCUGAGUACGAUGGUGAUGUUGGUGCACGGGGUCUACGGCAGCCCCAGCCCCACGCUGGGCAUCGCGGUGCUCACCCCGCAGAGCCCAUCCCAUUAACCACAGAGUUUAAUGCCCUCCUCCUCCUCCCCCCCCUCGCUGCUCCCACCCCGAUGUGUGCACCAACACCCAGUGCAGCAUCGCCCUGCAGCGACCCGCAGCUCCCAACGCUGCACUGCUGUGCAUUGGGGCGCAGUGUUUGGGUUGUCCCCAGGACGGGGCCCAGCUGUGGCACAGCCCCAGAGACACAGCAGCAGCAGCAGAUCCGAGCUGCACUCAUGCACUGAGUCCAGUGAGAGGGAAUCACUCUGAAAAGUGACCUCAGAAUGCUCAGACAUACACAUAAACAUCACCGGCCCCAAACCCAGCAUGCUCAUUUCACAGUGCAGUGUUAGGGAAGGGUUGAUUUAGAUGUCCUUCUAUUUUUUAUUGACCAGGUUGUAUAGAUGCACAUCUGCAUGCUGGGGGAGCUGCGUUAGCACCGUGCAUGGCCGCAGAGCUGCUCCCAAAGCUGUGCUCUUUGCAUCAUUUUGUUGUCUUAAAGCAAAGGGACUGGGUUGGUUGUUUUUUUUUUCCCCUAAUGUCCGUUUUAUCCCAUGGGGACAGCGUGGGAAGUGUGAAGGACGGCCCUUCUUAAAUAGAGAUUAAAAAGGAGACGCUG